GUGGGUAAAAAAAAAGAAUGUUCCUUAUAAAAAACGAGAAAAGAAGUCGUCUUCUAAGCAUCUUCUCCAAUUGAUCUCCACGUCGCACUCUUUGCUGUCGGUGGAGGAGAGAGAAACUGAUAAAGAAAUGGAGGACGUGAGGGUUAAAGACGAGGCUCUCCGUCUCAUCGGCCUCUUCGAAGUUCUCCCGCGCUUGGUCGUCUUCGAUCUCGAUUACACCCUAUGGCCUUUCUACAAUGAAUUGCACUCCAAAAGGGGAAUGCCAUAUUUAUACCCACAAGCUAAGGGCAUCUUGCAAGCAUUUCAGGAUAAAGGAAUAGAAAUGGCAAUUGCUUCACGAUCACCCACUGCAGACAUAGCUAACACAUUCCUUGAUCAGCUGGGUAUCCAAUCUAUGUUUGUAGCCAAGGAAAUCUUUACUAGUCGGACUUUUAAGGCUGAUCACUUCAAGGCAAUUCAUAGGAGGACAGGCAUUCCUUUUAACUCCAUGCUUUUCUUCGAUGAUGAGUAUGGGAAUAUUGACACGGUUUCUAAAAUGGGAGUAACAAGCAUCCUGGUGGAUGAUGGUCUGAACCUUCAAGAAUUGCAUUCUGGACUACAGAAGUUUUCAUCUCCAAAUGAGCAGAUAUGAACAAAAUAGGUAUAUAUAUUGUUGUUGUAUCUGGCUGAUUUAUUCUGUAAACCUUCAAUAUCUUAUGUCUGCGACUCAGUAUUGCCUUGGAUGUCUUCUUCAAUGUUUACGAGUAAUUAUUGUGUUCGGACACCUAAUGCGUCCAGAAACCAAUAACAAAGCGCUACAUCACUUGGGUGCUUGGUACCAUGCUCGAUACAGCACUCGGUAUCGCUCGGUAUUCGUUCGGAUUUUCGGUUUUUUAUCCGGACGUAAUAACUUUUCCAAUGUUUACUGCCCAUUUGAGUUCUCAUGUGGAUGAAAACUGUACCAACAUUUAUUACCUUUUUUACUCGAGUAAUAUUGUAUUAUUGUUUACCAUGAAUGAUCUGGUCAGAGUAGGAACACGUUUCAUAGA